UAUAACCUCAAUGUAAACGUUGUUUACAUAAAAUUGUUACAAUUUAUUUGUUUCUUCAAAAAGAGCGCAAUAAAUACCAAAAAUGGGUAAACGACAGCACCAAAAGGAUAAAAUGUAUAUUACAUACACAGAAUGGACAACUCUUUACGGAGGAAAGAGAUCUGGCUAUCAAUCAACAGCUGAAGAAGAUAACUUCAAACGCCUUCCAUUUGACCACUGCUGCCUUGCAUUGCAACCCUUUGAAAACCCAUACUGUGACAGGGAUGGUAACAUUUUUGACUUGGAACCUUUAGUACUAUUCUUAAAAAAGUACAAAAUCAACCCAGUCACAGGAGCCAAGUUAGAUGUAAAAGAACUAAUCAAACUAAAUGUGCACAAAAAUGCAGCUGAUGAAUAUCACUGUCCUGUUUUGUUCAAAACAUUCACAAAAAACUCUCAUAUUGUUGCCAUUGCAAAGACUGGCAAUGUCUUCUCAAAUGAAGCUAUUGAACAGUUGAAUAUCAAAAACAAAAACUGGAAAGACUUGAUUACUGAUGAACCAUUUGAGAGGAAGGAUAUUAUCACUAUACAAGAUCCUAAUAAUCUUGGCAAGUUUAACAUUUCCACAUUUCAUCAUGUGAAAGAAAAUCUAAGAGUAGAAACAGAAGAAGAAAUUGCUGCAAGAGGAGAUCCACAGGCAAAAAUAAAAAGAAUGAAUCCAGAAACCAAGGAGACUUUAUCUGAGUUACAGAAGUUUCAAGAAUCUUCUAUUCAAUUGAAUCCAUCGCAGUCCAACGAGAAAGCAGAUAAAUUUAACGCUGCGCAUUAUUCCACAGGUGCUGUUGCCGCAGGUUUUACUUCAACAGUAAUGUCGCCUGAAUUGGUGCAUCAAGCGGCGAUUGUUCACGAAGAUAUCGUGCGAUAUGAACGUGUUAAAAAGAAGGGAUAUGUAAGACUACUGACGAAUUUUGGUCCGUUGAAUUUGGAACUGUUUUGUGAUCUUGUACCGAAAACCUGCGAGAAUUUUAUGAAACAUUGUCAGAAUGGAUAUUACAAUGGCACUAAAUUUAGAUCUAUUCGUAAUUUUAUGAUUCAAGGUGGUGAUCCAACUAAUACUGGAACCGGUGGUAAAUCUAUUUGGGGCAAAAAGUUUGAAGAUGAAUAUGUGCAGAAGUUUUCACACACUGGCAGAGGUAUUCUUUCAAUGGCGAAUUCAGGGCCGAAUACAAACGGAUCACAAUUCUUUAUAACAUACCGUUCCUGUAAGCAUUUGGAUAAAAAACACACCAUUUUCGGUAAAGUUGUCGGCGGAAUCGAGACUUUAAACGAAAUGGAACGCAUUGAAGUGGAUAAUAAAGACAGACCUAUAGAAGAUAUAAUAUUAAUGCGAGCACAAGUAUUUGUGGAUCCCUAUGAAGAAGCAGAUGAGAUUUUAGCGAAAGAAAGAGCUGAGGAAAUACAAAAACAAGCGGCAGAAGCCGAAGAAAAGAAGAAAAAAAUCAAAGCUGCUCAACAACUAACCGUAUUCAAAAGCGGCAUUGGAAAAUAUAUUAAUCCUACAACAACUAAAAGUAUUAUGAAAACAGAAGAACCGUCAACAUCAGAAUCAAACCCACAAAAACAAACAAAGAAGAAGUCAAGCUUCGGGUUCAACUUCAACAACUGGUAAUUGUUGUUAAUCCACAUUUGUAUCCAUAUCUAUGCAUAAUUAAAUUUAAAUGAUGCAUUAAUAUCA